GCUACCGCUCGCUAUUUACGAGACUGAAUUGAACCACAAAAAAACAAGUAACAAGUUUUAUCUGUCGCUCGGUUCGCAUCGUGCCUAAAAUAUGGAGUUCAGCACGGAUCUCUGCUUCGCGGAGGACUCCAUCGAGCCGUGUCGAACCUGCGGCAUUUAUUUCACAAUCGGCCUGGGCAUGGACCAGAAGCUCGUGAAACCCUUGUUUGAUACGGAUGACGCCGCCUCUCCCGCCGGCAUGGUGGAGAUCCUGGAGCAGAUGACGGCUUGGAAACUGCAGGUGGCGCGGGAUGAUGGGAGACCGCAAUACAUUUGCAUCACCUGCAUCGCAGAGUUUCAGAAGCUGCUCAAGUUUAAACACAGUUGCCUUGAGACCCAGGAGCAAUUUGGCGAGCUGGAAUUGCAGCGGGAGCACAACGGCAUAGUGAUCAAGCGGGAGAUUGAUGCCGACCCGGAGGAAAAGUUCUGCGGAUUCGUCUAUCUCGAUAUAUCCGACGAGGAGGAGAUCAGCGACGAGGAUGGCAGCAGACGAGUGUCCGCCGCCUUCGAUAUACCUCAUGUGCCGAUCAAGGAAGAGCACAUGGCGCGUGUGCCGAUACAGACCAAAGCGACAUUCCUGCCACCAGAGCCCAAGGAGCUCGAGCCACCUAACCCGUCCGACUUUGAGGGGAUUGAAAGCGAUGAGCUGGCCGGCAUGUUUUCUGCAUCAAGUGCAAACUCCCAGGCCAACAGCGAUGAUGAUGAAGAGGAGGAGGAGGAGGUGAUAAUGAAGUUUACUUACGACGAUGAAGGCGAAGCAGCUGCCACGCUUCCACAGCCCAUUGUUGAAUCGCCGGCGAUUGUGACAUGUAAGCUCUGUUCCUACGAUUCACCCAACGAGGAGGCACACCUGGAACAUAUGCAGCGAAUGCACCUGCUCAAAGACUGGGAAUGUCACAUCUGCGCCAAAAAGUUUACUAAUGCCCCAGAGAGUCGUCUUAAGUUUCACAUGAAGUGGCACAAGUUGCAGCGUCAUCUCAAGUGUCCCAUGUGCGGAUUCUUCUGCAGCUCCAAGGAAACGCUCAAGGAGCACAAGAAGGCUGUACACACGUGCACCAAGUGCACUUACUGCGACAAAAACAUAAGAACAAACUUGAUGCAGCGGCAUUUAAAAACGCAUUUGGAAGAACGCCAGGCGGAAAUCGUCGACCAACUGAAUUUAUUGCAGCAACCACAAGUUGAUGUGGUAACCUCUUUACCUACUGCGAUGGUUCCUGCCAGCCAAGAGCCUUUACCUCCAGCGGAAUCUCCUCCACCAGUGGCCUCUUCAUCUCCCAAAGAAGACGACUCUUGUGUCUCUGUUACCACAGAGGAUAUUCCUAUUGAAAAAGACUCAGCUUCUGUUUCUUUGAAGCCUCCUGCAACCUGUAUUAUACAGUGCGCUUUCUGCAGCGAUACCUUUGAAGAUACUGAAAAGCUGGGAUCUCAUGUGCUGGCCAAGCACAAUAAAAAAUCGACAAAGAGACGGCACUCACCGGACAAGACGCCGUCCCCGAUUAAGCCGGCAAAGGUCAGUAAACCAGAGUCCGAGAACCUGACGCUAGAAGAAACAUUCAAGGAAGAUACCAGCAGCUGCAGCAUAACUGACGAAAGCCUCAAUGGUAGCUCCGCCGAGCAGAAUGAGAAAAAUAAAACCUACUCGCGGUGUCCACUUUGCCACAAGACUUUCAAUCUGAAGUUCAAACUAAACCGGCACAUGCUGCAGCACAAGGCCCCAUACUAAGGCCAUUUCUAGAUUAUAAACCCAGCAAGGCCAUAAAAAGUGAAUUGAAAGAAAGCAACUUAAUUCUGAAUACUACAGAAGUAUUAGUAAAUUUCACUUGUGUUUUGACAAACAUUACAAAUUUAUGUUCCUCAAUUUCUGUUUAUUUAAAUUUCAAUGCAGAAUCAUGUUAAAUCAUUUAAAACAUAAGCUUAAGUUGAUCGAAAAUGAAGCACAACUCGUAUCUAG